UUUGUGCUCAACAUUUUGUAUUGUGACAUUGACAGAUGAAAAUAUUAAAUUCGCGAAAAAUUGUUGCAUCUUUAACCAUUGUUCGUCAGUCCUUCUCGUUCUCCUAUUGUAGUUCGCCAAGAAAAAUUCUUAUUUUUGUUUACGCGAAAAUUAUCACAAACGACCCACAAUGCAUAAGAAAUUGAAAUGACUAAAGGAAGAACGGAGAACAAUCGGGCUUGGGAAAAGGAGAGAAGAGAUCGCUUGAACAAAUCGUUUGAUAUUUUGGCUAAAUUUCUACCGAACUAUGACGAUGCGGCACCGUUCAGCAAAAUCGAAAUUAUCCAAAAAUCUAUUCUCCUGAUUAAGGACUUGCAACACAAGUUGAAGGAGCUGCUGGCUGGUAGUCACAAGGACAUAUUGAACACCAUCUUAGAGUUGGAGGAAGCAUUCAAAGUGCUCAUUGUACGCAAUAAGGUACUGUUGGCACUUGUGAAGAAAUGCGGUGGAACAGCUCCAUCGUUCACAGAGCCCAAAAUUUUCAACUGCAUCGUUACCAGUCCGCUGGACGAAAAUGACCUAAACGAAUUGUAUGUCAAGCAAAAUGGAAGACCGCCGAAGAAUGGAAAAGGCAAAGGGAAGAGAAAACUUCAAACGUUACACGACGAUGAGGAGGUGCAGCAGAAGAAGAGGAAAAUCAAAUUGAAUAAGAAAGGCGACAAGAAAAAAAUGAAUAAUGCCGAAGAUGAACCCACUGUCGCUGACAACACAAAGGUGAAGGAACAGAAUGGCGAUCCUGCAAAGGCUGACGAUGGUAACGUCAUCGAAAAAGUCGUGGAUGAUAAACCAUCAAGUGCAAUACCGAAUGCGAACAGUGAACCAAAAGAAUUGAAAGCGGAAUUGAAACCCAGCCCACGAGUUACAUCCGUUGUAGCCACUGGCAUUCUGCUACCCAUUUCCAACAUAAAGAAAUCGAUCAACCUCGAAUCAGGACCAAUAAUUGUCGUGAAUGCAUUACCAAAAGUGAGCACUCUGCUGCCCAAACCGGUUGCUCCAAAAGGAGUGCCAGGAAAAAUUGCAAUUUCGCCGUUAAAAUCGAAGACCGUUCCGCGACGACAGCGAAUUCGCAGAACUAAGAAAGAAAUCGAACGAGAACGGAAAUGCGCGACAGAAUCGAAAUCGAUUACGUCGCUGAAAAAGUCAACGGACGAUGCAGUGAUCGAUUCAGAUGGAAAUAAAUGCGAUCCAAAUUCAGUGCCUGAUGCGAAAGUUAACGAAAAUGAUGUGUCGAAGCAGCAGGACACGCAAUCCGACAACAAUCGCAUAGAGACAACUGAACCGACACUUCCACAGCCCGAACUAUCUAACGACAUUCUGGCAAGCCUUCAAAUACCACAAAAUGAUUCCAACGACAACAACGAAUCACUGUCCCCAACAGCUGCCUUCCUCAUGUCAUUUCCAGUGGUCUCAUCUGCUGGCGUUCGUAUUGGUGAUGAUGAACACGAAGCGCACGACUCGCAAUCAAUUCAACAGCCUCACAGCACCAACAAACCGGCAAGCGAAGCAAACAUCUUGGAAAACAUUUCCAGUUUGCUGACAACGAAGGAUUAUGAUAGAUUUGUUGGAGAUGCAGUUGGAAGUGAAACUGUUCAUUGUGAAACGAGUUCAAAGCCCAACAGAGAUAAACAGAACGAGAUUUGCGUUGAGAAGAGUGCAGCGUCCAUGUCGUUCGAUUUUCAAUUGAAGCCAAUCAUAAGCUCCUGCUCAGAAGUCAAGACUGAUACUGGUUUAAGAGUAAGUGUGACGUGUACCUCAACAUAUCUGCCUGAAAUCGGUACCCUGAGUUAUAAGAGCUCGCCAUCAAAGAGACAUCGAAAGUCAACGAACGACGAAAGCAGUUCGAAUGUAACCGCUGCCUCUACCACUCAGGACAGUCUGUUGUCAAUGGCUCAGCCGAAGAUUUCGACAGUGUCAACUGACGAUUAUGUUCGAAAUCAUACGGCCAUGGAUUUCAUAACUUCAUCAUCGACCGUUUUACAUAGCUUAGAGCCUCCAUCCUUAAUGCAUCGCUUAACUGAUACGAUUGAACAGGUGAAGAGAACCGAGACGACGCCGUUAGAAAAUCUAUUUCUCAGAAACGUCACUGCAUCCUGUAGUGUCAACACACCGAGCUCUUAUUCAACCGUUUACAGUUACGAUAAAGGAGCUACUACGGUUACCACAUCCGACACAAAGACUACGGCGUCAGAAAGUGCUAAUUAUAAUCUCACAGCUGCGGUUCCGUCUAUAAUGUCGCAUGCUAUUACUUCACAAGCGAAGUCGAGGAAAACUGUCGAAACACCGAAUGGUCCCUUCAACUUUACACAACCUAUGGCAGUCAGCGCAGCUGAUACAAGUGAUUCGAUCAAGAGUUGUCGUGAAAACCAGUUCAAUUCAUUGCACUCAUAUUCCACCAACACAACCACUUAUUCCAGUACUUCGCUGUCGAACUUCUCCUGCGGAACAACAGACAUAAGUUCUACCAACCCGAAGCCAUACCAAGACAACACAGCUAAGACCACGGCAUCUACAUCGGUGGAUAAAACGUUCUUCAAGCCGAGUCAUUCGACGAGCUCUGCUGUAGAUGGAUUCUACACAUCGUUGACCAGCAUCGGUACCACACACUCAAACUUGCCAGAUUAUCCCAGCUCAAUAAUGCGGCCAAACAUGUACACGAGUGCACUGUCACUAUCAUCAUCGUCCAACCAAAAAGCCUUGGACUAUACGCCCCAAACGCCGUUCACCUUCUCGUUGACGACACCCAUCAGCACCGUUUCGAAUUCGAAAAGUACGACGCUAGCAUCGUGCCAGCAAUCGCAAAACUAUUUACCAACAACGCAUUCGACGUCAUACCAAGACUUCAAUCCAUUUGCCUUCGAGAAUAUAGCGUCGAUACCAGCACCGAUUACACCAUACUCAACAUGCCGGGAGACGUCACAGUUUUCGUUUUCGCUGACCAGCACCACGAACAAAGUCACAUCGAAAUAUCCGUCGCAAAGUUCGUUUUCGAUUGACCAGAAUUUCUUGACGGAAACCCGACCUAAGCCAGUAACCCCAGUGAAAAGUGAAUCACAUUCGGACAAGAAAGGUAGCUACAAGCAUUGUCCGAAAGAGGCAGCGGUACAUCCAUCCGAUCAAAUCAAAAUCAAGGAUACAGUCCAGAAAGUCGAAAAAUCAAACCCGAAACAACACGUCAAUUGGAUGACUUCGACAACGGAUCUGCAGAAAAACGACUAUCCAAUCAUACCUCCAAUAGACUACACUCAGCCAGCUUCCUUGUCCAAUCAGUUUAUUCCGCAGCCAACGUCCCAACUAACGAACAGUCAGAAAAACGCCGACAUUUAUUUCGGUCAUCAAAUUGGCGAGGAGAACUUCCAGUGGUCGCCAAACAAAAUGAUCGACACCCCGAGCUUCAAUUCGACCACCUUACCCAACUUGCAUGGUGAUCUUGCGUUGAACAAUUCCAUAACUCCGAAGCCACAAAUAUCGUCGACUGAGAGAAACAAGAGUUCGAAACCAAUGCAAGGGACACAUAUGAGUCACAUGCACUUGCCCCAGCAAAAUGUUGCGCCUAAUCCAACCAAUUCAUAUUUCUCUGUCAGCCAAUUGGUCGAUCAUCCGAAAACCGCGGGUCAAUCGAAAUCGUACGAUGACUCUGUGAUGCAACCGAAAACCACGAAGAGUAACAGCAACAAUCAGUCGCGAUUCAAGCACAAGGAGUCGAAAAAGGUUGCCAAGCCUCCGUCUAAUGUGUCCAAUUUCACUCCCAACAUUUUUGUCGAAUCAUUUGCCUAUAACGAGCCGCAAAAACCGAAUAAUUCAAACAGUUAUUCGGCCGAAGCUCUGAUAUCCGUUCAUCCGUCGAAGAAAGAAACGAAAUCUCUUCCGACCUACGGCAAUCAAUCGGAUUACUGUAAUCAGUUAGACACCUUCAAUAAUAUGGACUACCUGAAUGAGUCCAAUUACAAUUACUACAACAACUCGUACUUCCCUCAGAUCUCCGAUACAAACGAAUAUUUCUGCGGUGGCAGUUACUCUGACCAACAAUUUCACAAUAAAACAAGUCGAUCAAGUGCACCGUCCACUAAACAUUUGACUGGGAUCGCAGACACUGCGUACGGAAGUCAUACGGCACAAAACAAUUUCUAUUCGUUACCCCAUCCUUCCGGCAAACUGUGCCAACAGUCGACUCAAUAUAAAAAUUCCUCCCAGCUAACCACUUCGUACAAUCAAAGUCGUUCGUAUCCGAACUCAAACAAAAAGCAAUUCAAACAGGACCUGUUCCCAUCAUACGAUCCCAAUUCGUCGGCAAAUUAUUUUACUCCUUCUCUGAAUAUCAACACUCCGAUAAUUCCGCAUCCACCGUUGAUACCAACACCGAAUAUACCAUCGAAUGAGGACUUCACCUAUACAUCACAUCUGAACUAUCCGAGCAGUUUGUCAAAGACAUCCCUAUAUCCAUCAGCGACACAGCAAAUGAAUGAUAAUAAUCAAGGGGGUAAUCCGAUGUUACACGGAAAUGUUGGCGGUGGUGGUGGUGGUGGAAAUUUAGUGACAAAUUUCAAUUUGAGCACAAUUUGUCCAGAAAUCAAUGAUAAAACGAGACAACAAAAUUGGUGAUUUUAAGUUUUUAUUGUAAAUAAAAGGGAAAAAAAUUGUUUCGAUUUUCAUACAAAA